AUGCAUAUCACGUUGACACACUCUCUUUUCCUCCUGGGUAUCUUUGUAUACUCUUCCGCAGCAUUGGUUUUGCAACAAACUUCUAGACUAUCUCCUACGGAGGGCUUUCAAAAUAGUUUGGGGUUCAGUGUUGAUAAGGGGACGGCGGUUUCUCCUACUGCUGUAGCGGAUUUUAAACAGUUUGUACAGACGUCUUUGUUUGCUGUCCCUUCUAGUCUAGCAAGUCCCGAUUCAGAAGGCCCUUCUCCUACUUCCCAACCUCCGUCUACAGUUGCAAUCUAUCGACAUGAUGACGCCGAAACCGAUUUUGUUGAGUAUGAGCAUGAGCAAGUCAACCCGCGCAAUUUGAGAGAAGGAGGAUUCAACAUAGCAACCUGGAGCCCCACUGCUUUUGCUCUCCUCCCCGACCUUACACCAGUUGAAACUCCAACAUUAUUGCCAUUGAUUACUGCGAAUCCAACUUUUAGCGAGGAGUUCAUGACGCCUACAACUACUUUCACAACUACAGUUAUGUAUUCUACUAUUUAUUAUACUGUGCGCGAUGUUGCUAGAGGGAAAAGUAGCACGACGAUAGUACCUUUGAGUAGAGCUCCACCGCAAACUUUUAUGACAAUUACUGCAUCGCCUGUACUUGCUUCGGGUAUUUAG